GUAACCCACUGGSCUUAAAAGCAUUAUAUCCAGAUAUCCAUGCUUAAAGUGACCUACCGCACCGAAAUUUACRGCCGUGCAGGAGACAAUCCGAAUUGAAGAAUUUGUUGAUGACUUGGCCCUAAUAACAAARCAAAACAAGCAUGGCUUCAGCCCGUAAUGGAGAAUUGCGCUAUCUUGACAAAGUAACAAUAGUUACUGGUGGGUCUAAAGGCAUUGGCGAGGGAAUUGUACGAGAAUUCGUGAAGGCUGGAUCSAAAGUGGUCUUUUGUGCAAGAGGAGAUGUAGCAGGCAAAAAGCUAGAGUGUGAAGUCAAUGCUAUGGGGCCUGGAGAAAGUAUGUUUUUACAAUGUGAUGUCACUAAACAAAAUCAGUUAAAGAAUUUGGUUGAUAAAACAAUAGAAAAGUAUGGUCAGUUGGAUUGCUUGAUAAAUAAUGCCGGAUGGCAUCCUCCAGAAAAAAAUAUCGAUGACACAAGUAUCCAGGACUUUAAGAACUUACUAGAUUUAAAUCUAGUCAAUUAUUUCACAUUGUGUAAGCUUUCAUUACCUCAUCUUCGGAAGACAAAGGGAAACAUUAUCAAUGUAUCCAGUCUUGUUGCCCAGAUAGGACAGGCUAAUGCAGUUGCAUAUGUCACAACAAAGGGUGCAAUCUCUUCAAUGACAAGAGCCCUGGCAGUUGAUGAAGCCAAAUAUGGUGUUCGUGUUAAUACUCUGUCACCAGGGAAUGUCUGGACACCGCUUUGGGAUGAACUGGCCAAACAAACUUCCAAUUUUGAGAAAAGCAAGCUUGAUGGUGAAGAAGCUCAGCUACUUGGUAGAAUGGGUACAUUGGAGGAAUCGGGGAAAUCGUGUUUGUAUCUUGCUGCUGAUGCAACAUUUACAACUGGAAUUGAUCUUUUCCUGUCAGGUGGUGCUGAACUCAAUUAUGGGAGAAAAACUAGACUUGAUCAAUAAUUGAAUAUUUUAUGGCUCUCUAAAUACAUGUAAUAAAUUAUGCAAAUUUUAA